AUGUUACCCAUACUUAUCUGCUCCUUAAUGAUUUUAGAAGUCUUAAGUGAUCAAAUAUAUCCUAUCAAGGACUAAUAUAAAAUAUAAUUAGAAAAUGAUGGAUGGAUUGAUUGUUAGAGUAAAGCUGCUAUAUAAGCUACUACUUGCUCAGGAGAUGAUCUAUAAUGGUUAGAAUGCUAUUAAGUUCCAGAAAAUGGCUUAUGUUCCAGAUAGAAUAUUAUAACUAAUACUAGUGAAACUUUGACUUAUUCUUUUACUUUCUACAAACCUACUUUCCAGACUUAUGAUAUAGCUAUAAACAAUGAGAAAAAUACAGGGAUAAUUAAAAUUUAGAAUGAUAUAGGUAAAGCAACAAUUUAAUAAUAAUCAACUACUUCUUCAAUUAAAAUAAAUUAAAAUGGAGCUUAUUUUACAGGUCUAACUAUUAGUAAAGAAUGUAAUCCUAAUUGCAAGAGUUGUGAUGAUGGAUUUUGUACAAAAUGUAAUGAUAACUACUAUUUAUUCAAUUAUAUUUGUUAAUAAAAUGAUUGUGAUUUAAGUAUAAUCAAUAAUAAUUUCAUAACAUCAGCAACUGGAGCUUUUUAAAAUGGAUAAUACUUAAUCACUUUGAAAUACAAUUUUAAAAUAACUUUUUGUUUGAUUCCAAAAAUAUACUUAACAAAAGGAUUGAAAGAUUCUUAAAUUUAAAAGAUUUUGGAUAAUAAUUAAAUAUAAUAUAUUCUAGCAUCUGAUAUUCCUGAUUCAUUAUAAAUAACCUUAUCUCUAGAACAAAUUUAAACUGAUUGUGAGUCAUUUGAGACUACUUAAGCAUAUGUUUAUUAAUGUUAUAUUGGAGUUGCCUUAACCAGUUCUAAAAUAACUUAAUUCAUGUCAAUAAUAAUAGGUUAGAUUUCAGUUGAAAGAGCUACUACAAGUGUUACAUAAUAUACAUAAGCUAUUUCAAUUAGUGAUAGUUCAAAUGGUUAAGUUGGACCUGUAUUUGUUGUUAGUGAAACAAUUCAUUAAGAACUUAAUGUUGAUAAAAAGAGAUUUACAGCUAUCUAAACAAUUUUGGAUCCAUAAUUUUCUAAUUAUUAAAUCAAUUAUAAGGAAGCAUAUAUAUUUUAAGAGGGAAAUUACUAUAAUCUAACUUUUGAUUAUUAAAUAUAGAAAGGAGUUACAACAACUUUUGGUUUUAUUUGGGAAGAUUAAAAUUUUAAUCCAAAUUCAGAAUUUGAUUUCUAUAUUAAUUCUAUAGCUGAACCAAUUUCUAAAUUACUUAGAAGAAGAUAACUUGAAGUUUAAUUAAAAAGAGAAUAAUUAUAAGUAAUGUAUUAAGUUUAAAAUUAAAAAACAUUCAAAUAAUCACAAGAAUUAAAUAAAGAAAAGGAUUGGACAUAUAUGAUAAUAGCAAUGACAGGUAUUUUAGGAGUUUCUAUUGUAAUUUUGUUAUGCACAUUCAUUAACAAAAAAUGUUUUGAUCAAUCAAAAGGUGAAGGAUAAUAAAAAAUUGAAGUUAAAUAUAUUUGA